AACUUCAUUUUCGUGUCCUUAGUCCUCUUUGUUUUUGCUUAAUUCAGCGUAAAAGCGUCUGUUUUUUUUUGUGUGGAAAUCAUACCCCCCCUCCAUUUUUGUUAUUUCCUCAUAAUUCACUGAAUCUUUGAUUGGAAAUUUUAUGUAUAAUUGGCUAUGCAGAGUAUUUUUCCAAAGAAAGGGUAGUUUAAAGAAAAAGAUUGUAUUUUUGGGCCCAUGGAUGAGAAGAGAUUUGUUGUAUGCUGCUUGAAUUUGGAGAUAUUGGUGUGGAUUCUAUUAGUUUUUGCUGUUCAACAUUCAGAUGAAACUUACCCUGGAGAUGUUGCUGCAAUUAAUGGCUUAUAUGCUGCUCUGGGAUCGCCGUCCCUUCCGGGCUGGGGUACCGUUGGUGGAGACCCAUGUAAUGGACUUUGGCAAGGGGUCAUAUGCGAAAAUACAAAUAUAGUAACGAUUCGACUCAAUGCUGCUAACUUGGGUGGUGAACUAGGGGAUAAUUUAGGCUCAUUUUCUUCUCUCAAAACAUUAGAUCUGAGCAACAACCAUAUCGGCGGAAGCAUUCCGUCCAUUCUCCCAGUUACCUUGCAGAAUAUUUUUCUUUCAGCUAACGAGUUCACUGGAAGUAUCCCUACUUCUUUAUCUUACCUGAGUCAACUUUCAGCUAUGUCUCUGAAUGGAAACCAUUUGACUGGAGAAAUUCCUGAUUCAUUUCACGGCCUCACGGCUUUGGUCAAUCUUGAUUUGUCAGGUAACAGUUUAAGUGGAUCAUUGCCAUCAUCGCUAGGUAGUUUGUCUUCCUUAACUACUCUACAUUUGCAGAAUAAUCAGCUUUCUGGGACUCUUGAUGUUUUGCAGGAUCUUCCCCUUGCAGAUUUGAAUGUGGAAAACAACCUGUUUUCUGGGCCCAUACCUCAGAAGUUGUUCUCUAUUCCCAAUUUCAAAAAAGAUGGAAAUCCUUUCAACGGUAGUAUUGCUCCUUUACCUCCACCAACAUCAUCAACAACACCCCUUUCUGCGCCACCCUUUUCUGGGUCUCCAACUUCAGCACAGACACCAGCAGCAGCAUCUGCAGAAUCAAGUUCAACAGGACGCAAAAAGUCUUUAUCUGCUAAAAGGGUGGUCUGGAUAUCAAUUGCAGCAGUUUUGACAUUUAUAAUAUUGGUUUUAGCGAUCCUGCUCUUUCUACCGAGGUGCCUCAGGAAAUGGCAUGAAACUCAAAGAACCCCCAAACAACAUGAAAUAGCUCCUUAUGUGGGUGCCAGAGAGAAUCCCGGAGAUAGUGGUUCAUUAGUCCAACCUGGCCGUGACAUAGAGAAAGCUCCUGUAGUUGUGAAGCCAAAAGAAAAACAACCAAGAAGACCGGCUCCCAUUCCGAAGCCACCGCGUGAGCAGGAGGUAAAUGUGCUAACCACGAGUGCACUGCCAAAGAAGGAUAAUAAUGAUAUAAACCCUAGCAGAUUUGAUGUUGAUUUGAUGCCACCACCUCCGCCUCCUCCUCUGCCGGCUCUUCCACAAGAGAGAGUUAUUGUCAAGCCAAUUGCACCUGCUGAAGAUACCGCAGUGAAGCCUCUAACCAGGCCACUUCCACUAACUUCUGUGAAAUCUUACACAAUUGCAUCACUUCAGCAAUACACCAAUAGCUUUUCUCAAGAUAAUCUGUUGGGAUCAGGAAUGCUUGGUAGUGUAUACAGAGCAGAGCUUCCGAAUGGGAAGUUGCUUGCUGUCAAAAAGCUUGACAAAAGAGUUUGCAGUCAACAAAAGGACGGGGAGUUUCUUGACCUAGUAAACAAUAUCGACAGAAUUCGUCAUGCUAAUGUUGUUGAGCUAAUGGGGUAUUGUGCAAAGCAUGGUCAAAGGCUUCUGGUCUAUGAGUAUUGCAGUAAUGGGACACUACAGGAUGCACUUCAUUCUGACGAUGAAUUCAAGAAACAACUUUCGUGGAAUACUCGAAUCUGGAUGGCUCUUGGAGCUGCAAGGGCUUUGGAGUACCUCCAUGAAGUCUGCGAGCCACCUAUUAUUCACAGAAACUUCAAAUCGGCCAAUCUUCUGCUUGAUGAUGAGUUGGCAGUACAUGUUUCAGAUUGUGGUUUAGCUCCAUUGCUAUCGUCUGGUGCUACGAGUCAGUUGUCGGGACAACUUCUCACAACCUAUGGCUACAGUGCUCCAGAAUUUGAGUCAGGAAUUUAUACUUCCCGAAGCGAUGUUUACAGUUUUGGCGUAGUGAUGUUAGAACUAUUAACAGGCAGAAUGUCAUAUGAUCGGACAAGGAAUCGAGGAGAGCAGUUCUUGGUCAGAUGGGCAAUCCCUCAGCUACACGAUAUUGAUGCCUUGACAAAGAUGGUCGAUCCUUCUCUCAAUGGAAAAUACCCCAUUAAAUCAUUAUCACACUUCGCUGACAUAAUUUCUCGCUGUGUUCAGCAUGAGCCAGAAUUCAGGCCACUAGUGUCAGAAGUUGUUCAGGACCUCAUUCAAAUGAUUAGAAGAGAAUCUCAAAAUAGAUCGCAUGGCGAAUUAUGAUUUGAAUUAGACAUUCAUGCUGAGAAUUCAGCUGGUUAGUACCUAACAAGAUUUGAAGAUUAUUUGUUUUGUGAAGUGAGCUCGGAUACUCGGACCAAAGAAACGAGGUUGCAGGCUAUCCUGCUAACACAACUUCAUACUGAAACAAAAGGCAAACAGGAAGCGCCAUUCUUGAAAGAACCAACACAGGAAACUUAGUGCCUGCUAACAACACAGCUUGCUCAUCUCAAUCUUGUCAAAUUUUUGGAUCAUAUCAUUUAGGAUAAACAUAUCCCAUUGUUUGACAACUAUUAUAAUUUUGUUGUUAGUUAGCAUAGGAGUGUCUCCUGAGUUCUGAAGUUGUAUAUUUUGUUGUACAUGUACAAAGUCAUUUGGUUGUACAAGGAUCUCUUCAUUCUUUGUCAUGCACUUGUUGUGGCACAUGCCAAUAAAGUAGAUUUAGAA